UCAUGCACCUGUUCGAUUUCCUUCCUCACAAAGUUUCAUCAGUUCCGAACUGACUUCAAACACGAAUGGAAUAAGGACGCUGCGCGUUUUCUUCUUUUUUUCAUAAAAUACUGCUCUCAUCAUCUGGCUUUUCGCGUUUGGCUUAUCGUAGUUGUCGUCGUCGUUUUCGUCGCUCGACGCUCGGUUGUGGUGCUCAGCUCAUCUGGAAAUCCUUUUGUAACCCCUUUUCAAACGAAAGAACGAACGAACAACCCAAAUUAUUGUCCUAAUUUGCUUAGAAAUUGCUUAACUUGCGCAAAAAUAAUUAAAAAUAUAUCCCUAGAGGGUUAUGCUCUUAUAUACCUAGGCUCGUAGUUUAGGGCACUAAAUAAUCUCUUUUUAUUUUGUACGCGUUCCUAAGCCGGCAAAAAUAAAAACAAAAUUUUGGUGGUGUGGUGUGAACAUAAAAUAAAACAAAAAAAAUAAAAAAGGACAUUUUAUUUGAUAUUCUCGUACUUUUUUUUUGCUAUAAAUGUCCUGACUGAAAGGACUUAAUUGUUCUUCUUCCUAUUUUUCGCUUGUGCAAUCAAAAUAGAAAACAACAGCAAAAAAAAUAAAGAAAAAUCGUUUACUCGUGUUGAGUGGUGCCAAGAGUGGUUGUGUUUUCCUUGAGAUUGGUUGUGAUUGAUUAGCAAAUUGAUUUCGUGUCGUCGUAAUUAUCCUUGAGAAUACAAAACGUUUUAUAUUGUUUUGUUUUUGUUUUUGAUGUUGUUUUGUUUUCAUUCUAAGUUCUAUUCUUAGAAAUAGAGCUUGCGUGUGUGCUAGGGGUUAUAGUUAACAAGGAUCUGAAGAAAAAAUAAGAGAAAAGGCUUAACCUGAUUUUUGAGUUUCUUUUUGUUUUGAAUUAUUAAUAACCAUAAUCAGGAUUAAGAAAAUUUUAUAAACGGAUCGAAAACCUACAUAACUCAAUCAAAAUCAAAUAUUUUCAUUUUUGUCAUCAUGUUUUGGAUAUUGCGGCGAACUGGAGCAGUUAACUUCUUUAAUUCGCUCAACAAUAAUUGCAGUUCAUCGAAGGCUAAUAACAACAAUACUAAUGAUAAGUACGUGAAACGUCCCCCUCGGAAAGCUUAUGGCCGAUUGAGUGUGGAUUCAGAUGAUGGUUCCUCAAUGAAGAACAAUAUCGACGAUCCCUUCGAUGAUCUGGAGAAUUUUGAAAUGAUUUCGUCAAAGGAUAACAAUGGUGGUGCUACGACGACGACACAACAUCGUCAUCACCAGCAUCCUGUAGAUAACGAUGAUGGCCAUCAUCGUCACCACGAUAUGCAGGGUAACUAUGUUGAGAAUGAUUCGGACUUGGAACUGGAUGGACCAUCAUCAAAAAACGACACAUCCCGACGACAAAAGGAGAUUAACGCAAAUACCAUAAGCCGAUUACAGGCAAUGGCCAUGUCCGACGACGAGGAUUAUGAUGAGUCCUUGACUUGUAACGUGUGUGAUAGAGCUUUUCAUUGUCACAGGCAGUUGGCGUCCCAUCAACAAAAAAAGCGACAUUUUGGGUUAAGUGGGGGAGUGGGUGUGGGAGAGUUGGUUUGUGGCUGA